UUCCAUCUCGGCUAGCUACUUGACGGUUGGUGUUGACAUAAACAUGGAUAUGAGUCAGAUAAUCGAUGCUCUUGUCUGCUUUUGCAUCAUGAGAUGUAGCAUCAUCUUCUGGGAACACUGACGGAAAACUUCACCCUGAAUCAGAAACCGGAAGUUGAAAAAUCUGGCGGUUUGUUUUUCUCCGGUAAAGAAAGGUUAAGCCCUUUUAGCGCACCGAGGGAGUGCUCCUUUUGUCUCCGUGUUGUUUUUAUCGCCUCAACAUGGACAUGUACGGAUACAGCGGGGUCUUCUUGGUGAAGAGGUUCCUGGACAAAGGUGUUUUUGAAGUCACAAACAUGUCCGACAUCAACAAGGCGAAUCCUCACGGCUGCGACAACGGAGCCCUGACGGACAGGUUCGGCGUCCUGAUCCAGGGACUCCUGGCUAUCGUUGCCUUCAGCACGCUGAUGUUGAAGAGGUUCCGGGAGCCUGUUGGGAUCAGACGACCGUGGAGAAUCUGGUUUUUCGACACGUCCAAACAGGCCAUCGGUGCUCUUUUCAUCCACUUUGCCAACGUCUUCUUGUCCACGCUCACCAAAGAGGACCCAUGCUCCCUAUAUCUGAUGAACUUCCUGCUGGAUGCCACGUUGGGGAUGCUGGUCAUCUGGCUUGCUGUGAAGUUGGUGUCCAAACUAGUGGAGUACAAGCAGUGGACGCUGCUCAUGUUCGGAGAAUAUGGUGACCCUCCUCAGGCAGCAGCAUGGCUCGGUCAGUGUGGCGUCUACCUGCUCAUCAUGGUGCUGGAGAAAGGUGUCAUCAGCCUGGUGCUGCUCGUCCCCGGAUGGUCCAAAUUGCAGGAGGUGUUGCUGAGCUACAUUGCUAACCCUCAGCUGGAGCUGGUGCUGGUCAUGCUCAUUGUGCCCUUCAUAGUGAACUCCAUCAUGUUCUGGGUGGUAGACAGCCUGACGAUGAGGAAGUACAAGACGAUGAAGAGCCUGGACGACUCCUGCGACAGCUCUGUGAAGAAGGCCGACUCCCUGCCCUGGGUGAACAGCGAGGAGUCAAGGGUUCUACUGACUGUCGAGACGGACACCGACGAGGCUUCAGAGGGGGAGGAAGACCCAGGCGAUGGUGGACCAGUGCCUCAUGUACAGUACUCUGGAGGACCACUGAGGCCCAGCUGGGUGGUGGUAUAAACCCAGGUGAUGCUUCUUCCUAGCCGUCCAUCCUCUGUCCACACAAAACACUCUUAAAGAGCCUAAAUAUGAGCAAACACACACAAAAACUUGCAUCUUUAACUCGUCAGAGGUCUAACUAAUCAGCUUCUAUGUAAGCAAAGGCACAAUUAAAGGUCAUAUAACCUGUGAAUGUGAACACUACGGCCUCAGCUGCCUUCCUCUGCACUGAACCGGAACUUGGCUCAGUGUAUGCAUGUAAAUCCAAUAGCAUUUUGGGAAUUAUCCUCUCACCUUGCUGCCUCCGUUAUCUGCAAGAGCACAUCAGAGUAACCACAACUGAACGUCUGUGGAGAGAGAUUAUUAAGGAGGGCAGCGCCCGCGGGGCAAAAUGUACGGGUGGUAAUGACAAAGGCUGAGAUAAAUCCGUCUCCACGCUGGGGACUUUUGGGAAUGAUGUUGCUCUAAACAGAGUCAUUUAUCGUGUAUCAUAUUCCAAAGAGGGGCAAGUGAAGUAUAUAGAUCUAUAUAGGUGCUCUAAGAUUUUACUCCGUCGAAUAUAACCGCUUUAAAUCCACCUUUUUAAUUAAGGUGUAAUUAUAGUCAUUCUACCACGCUCUCCCUCUGGCUCCUUGCUUUCAUUUUAAAGGAGGGUUUUAUUUCUUUAAACCACGCACAUGUUUUUAACAUUUUUGGCUGCUACAGUCAUGAUGCACCAAACAUGUUGCGGUAAUAUGGAAAGGUUUUUGUUCUUUGCAACUGGUUGCUUUUAACAAAAUGUGUAUGUGGGCAGGAAAUUCUUUAAGGUCAUGCUAUUUGUUGUAUGUGAUGGAGUACUGGGGCCACUGUUGGGAGAAAUAUAUGAGAUUUUUAGAACAUUGUCAGAAUAUAUUUGAGAAAAAGUUGUAAAUGUUAUGAGAAAAAAUCCUCAGUUUUAAGGGAAAGAUUUACAAGAACAAAGUCAUAAUUUCUUGAGACAGAUGUCUCGAUAAGUUAGAAGAAAACGAGUCUGAAUUAUUCUAAAAUAACUGUCAGUAUCAUAGACUGUAUAAAAAUUGAAGAGGAGUCUCCACUUCCUCCAAAUGUACAAAAAUGAAGCCAGAAUAUCCCAGAUUCAGGUGCCGCCAUGUUGCGCUGGUUCAUUUAAAGCCAGAGUCUGCGCAGUAGUCAUCAGGAAGUGGAGCUGCAGUAUCAAGUUCCCACCCAUGCACCUGUCUGACACAUUUGCAAGUCAAUCACAGCUGUCAAUCAUGACAUCACACCCCCUUUUCAUAGCAUCAAACAAAUAAUUUAAACCCAAACUUAUCCAAAAAAUGAACACGUGGACAAAUAUCACCGUGAUAAGAACUACCUAAAAUGACAGAAACCAUCUUUAAUUAAGUACAUGACAUGUCCCUUCUGCUAAAUUGGAGUGAUUUAGGCGCUAUACUGCAACCAGCCACCAGGGGAGUCCGUUUUUUUCCCC